UGUGAGCACCGCGUGGUUCAAGCGGUCACCCAUGGUGCAUUCCCUCGGGCACUGCGAAGGCGUUGCCGUCUCUCCAUCUCUGCCAAAGCUUGGUUCAGUCUGGUGUUCCGCUGACGGCCAUUCUGGCCUGUGCUGGUCUUGUACUCUGACAGUGUGCUAGCUCUGAGUUUGAAUGGAGCCGGGUGUGAAACACGCACCCUCUCUCCCCCAGCCCAUACCUAACGAGGAGGGGGACCUGAGAGUCCUUUCCCUGACCUGAGCGAGAAGGACACUGGGCAUCAAACAGUGGUGCUCUGUUGCGGUUUACGCCCCCACCGAAGGAUAACUGCCCUCAUGGCUCCCUCCACCAUCACCUUCGCCAUCAUCACCUCAGAUCCUCGCCUGCGCCACAGGGACCGUGGCAGGAGCAGGGACAGGCUCUAUUCUAUGUACUGAACAUGUUUUGUUUUGUUUGAGGCAGGGGCCUCACUUAGCCCAGGCUGGCCUCAAGUGUGUAGCCAGGAGCUGAUGACCCUGAGCUUCUGACUGUUCCUCCUACCUUCCGGGAUUACAGGUAUGCACCACCAUACCGGCUUUGCAUGCUGGGGCUCGAACUCAGGGCUUGGUGCCCGAUGGGUGCUUGCUGCACCAACUACGCUACAGCCCCCAUCUAAGCGCUCUUUCCAUGGAGCUACGUACUGGGCUAACGUAUGUGCUGUGACCUAAGAAACCGUACCGGUGCCUCUGUUUUACGGAACGGGAGACACAGAGCUGGAGCCCUUUGCCCCAAUCACAGAGUUAGCAAGAAGCAGAGCUGGCUGCAGAGGCCAGCGCUUCCUCUGUGCAUCCGGCUCCCCACGCUGAUGAGCACUGGAUAUCCUCCGUUCUGAAGAGGCGCCCUGAAAUCCAAGUGAAGGAGCUAAAGCCUGAGCCGAGCCGGGCGACGGAAGCCGUCCUCCCGGAGAGCGUGUGUGCAGCGACCCAUGCUCCCUUGGAAUUUGUCCUUUUUUUUUUUUUUUAAUUUUUGCAUAUGGACACGGCCCUGAUAGCAGAGCUGAAAGCAUCUUUUGUGCAGUUCUGCAGCGAGUGACGUCAUAGGCACCACCGAGUCUUUCUCGUUUCUGCUGGACAGCUAGCUCACUGCCCUGGCGCUGGAGGAGCCGGCAAGGUGCCGGUGCCGGGCGCCGGCUUCCCAGGACGCUGCAUCCACAGCCAUGGAGACAGGCUUCUUCCCCGGCAAUCACUGGCUUUUCUUCUCCGUGUACCUGCUGGUCUUCCUCGUGGGGUUCCCCCUCAACCUGAUGGCGCUGGUGGUCUUCGUGGGCAAGCUGCGCCGCCGCCCGGUGGCCGUGGACCUACUCUUGCUGAACCUGACCCUUUCGGACCUGCUGCUGCUCCUCUUCCUGCCCUUCCGCAUGGUGGAGGCGGCCUGUGGCAUGAGGUGGCUCCUGCCCUUCAUCCUCUGCCCCCUCUCCGGGUUCCUUUUCUUCACCACCAUCUACCUCACCUCCCUCUUCCUGACGGCCGUGAGCAUCGAACGCUUUCUGAGCGUGGCCUACCCACUGUGGUACAAGACGAGGCCGCGGGUGGCCCAGGCCGGUCUGGUCAGUGGCAUCUGUUGGUUCCUGGCGUCAGCUCACUGCAGUGUGGUCUAUGUCACCGAAUACUGGGGAAACGCCACCUACAGCCAGGGGACCAACGGGACGUGCUACCUGGAGUUCCGGGAGGACCAGCUGGCCGUCCUCCUGCCCGUGCGCCUGGAGAUGGCCGUGGUCCUCUUCAUGGUGCCCCUCUGCAUCACGAGCUACUGCUACGGCCGCCUGGUGUGGAUUCUCAGCCGGGGCGCCAGCCGGCGCCGGCGCAGGAGGGUGAUGGGCCUCCUGGCGGCCACGCUGCUCAUCUUCUUCUUGUGCUUCGGGCCCUACAACAUGUCCCACGUGGUGGGCUACGUCCGGGGGGAGAGUCCGACCUGGCGGGACUACGUGCUCCUUCUCAGCACCCUCAACUCGUGCAUCGACCCGCUCGUCUUCUACUUCUCAUCCUCCAAGUUCCAAGCCGACUUCCAGCAGCUCCUGGGGCGGCUGACCAGGGGCUGUGCGUCCCGGACUCAGGAGGUCAGCCUGGAGCUGAAGGCCAAGAACGGAGACGUGCAGUCCAAGGAGUGUCCAAGCUAGAGGAGGGGGUGGGGCGGAGGAGCGGGCGUGGGGACCCGUCGGCCCGGCGCCUCGGGGCGGGUGUGUGUCCGCGGGGCAUUCCCUAGCCCAGACAGACAGGCCGCGGCGAGCCGGGCCGAACACACCGCUGUCCCCCUCCACGUCGCCCUCCUUCCCACCCUCGCAUUCGCUUUGGGUUCCGCUCUGGGAAGCUGUGGUGGCGAGAGAGGGAAGAGCCGAGCGCGCCGCUCUGCCACCGCCAGCCAGCUGCGGAGCCUCGCUGGGUGAAAGAGGGAGGGGACCGUCCGGGGCUGGAGCCGCGCUGGGGACCUAGGCUGGGGCAGGGGUGCAAGCCCUGACUCCUCCCCGCCCUUGGGGUCGGGGAGACGGAGACGGGGGGUUUCUAGGGGAACAGCAACCUGCCCUUGGGAGGCUCUCCUAGAGCGCUCUCACUCCUCCUUAAAUUAGAUCUUCUGGGAUGCUUGUGAGUAAUGGCAGGCAAGGGAAAACGAUCCAAAUAAAUUCGGUACCUA